AUGGUGAAGUGUAUGAAGCUCAAGUUUGAGAAAUAUUGGGAAGAAUACAGUGAUAUCCUUGCAGUUGCUGCAGUUUUGGAUCCAAGACUGAAAUUUCACUUCUUAGAAUAUUGUUUCUCGGUUUUGGAUCAGUCUACUUGUAAGAGAAGGUUGGCUAAUGUUCGUUCAAAGAUCUAUAAACUGUUUGGAGCUUACAAGAAAAACCAGAGAAUCAGUAGUGCUGCAACAACUUCACAAGGAGAAAUACCUGAUGUUCCAGCCGGUUAUGGGGGAUUCUACGCCUUCUUUUCUCAGAAAGCUGUUGGCAGUGGCAAGUCUGCUCUCGACAUAUAUUUGGAUGAGCCAUUGCUUGACAUUUACUCAAUUCAAUGUUGGAUAUUUCUAUCUCAUUUUGAUGUUAUUUGA